AUGGAGACUUUGGUCAAGAAAAUGGAAAUGGUUACGUCGGAUAAUCGGGAACAGAAUAGUGUGGUCCGAAUCACGUCGGAGACUCCUGAUGAAGGCUGGCAUGAAUUGGUCUCAAAAGGAUUUAUAGAAUACAUAGAUACUGAAGAAGAGGAGACUACCAUGAUCUCCAUGACCAUACGUUCACCUCGUAAUACAUAUCAGUCUGCUAUGGGAAAGCAAGCCAUGGGAAUUUAUGUCACCAAUUACCAGUUAAGGAUGGACACGUUGGCCUAUGUUCUAUACUACCCACAAAAGCCUCUAGUUACUACUCGUGCUAUGGAACAUUUGCACUUCAGACAGUUACCAGCUGGCAUUAAUGCAAUUGUUGCUAUCGCUUGUUAUUCUGGAUAUAAUCAAGAAGAUUCAGUUAUUAUGAAUCAAUCUUCCAUAGAUCGUGGGUUCUUCCGAUCACUAUUUUUCGGCUCUUACAGAGAUGAGGAAAAGAAGAUGGGUACACUUGUCAAAGAGGAAUUUGGUCGUCCAGAUAGGGAAAAUACUAUGGGAAUGCGCCAUGGGUCAUAUGAUAAACUAGAUGAUGAUGGCCUUGCACCACCUGGAACAAGGGUCUCGAGGGAAGAUGUCAUUAUUGGGAAGCCAUCUCCUAUUCCACGGGAUGACGCUCAAGGGCAAGCUUCUAGAUACUCGAAGCAUGACCAUAGUACUUCUCUGCGUCACAGUGAAAGUGCCAUGGUAGAUCAGGUUCUGUUAACAACAAAUGCGGAUGGUCUAAGAUUUGUCAAGGUUAGGAUGAGAUCUGUUCGCAUACCACAAAUUGGAGACAAGUUUAGCAGUAGGCAUGGGCAAAAAGGAACUGUUGGGAUGACUUACACUCAAGAGGAUAUGCCAUGGACAAUCGAAGGCAUCACGCCCGAUAUUAUUGUGAAUCCACAUGCUAUUCCAUCCCGUAUGACUAUUGGGCAGCUGAUUGAGUUUGUUGUCUUGCAGGUUUUGCAUACAAGUUUAUUGUAUCCGCGGAACACUUGUCCGCAAGAUCCGCAGCUUUAUGGCAAGCCGCAAGCCCGCUAA